AUGUCCAUAAAAUACAAGAAAGGAGAGCUGACGACAGAAGAGCCAGGGUUCCAAAAUAGCCAGGAACAUCUUAAAAAGAACAAUGUUGGAGGAUUCACACUUUCUGACUUCAAAGCAUGUUCGGAUCCAUCUCACUGCAACAUUUUGAGAGCAACUUCUUCAAGGGUCCAGCUGUAUGAUAUUGUUGCAGUUUUUCCAAAGACAGAAAAACUUUUUCAUGUUGCUUGCACACAUUUAGAUGUGGAUUUGGUCUGCAUAACUGUAACAGAGAAACUGCCAUUUUACUUCAAAAGGCCCCCUAUUAAUGUGGCAAUUGACCGAGGCUUAUGCUUUGAACUUUUCUACAGCCCUGCCAUCAAAGACUCCACAAUGAGAAGAUACACAAUUUCCAACACCCUCAAUUUGAUGCAAGUUUGCAAAGGAAAGAAUGUAAUUUUAUCUAGUGCUGCAGAAAGGCCUUUAGAAAUGAGAGGGCCAUAUGACGUGGCAAACUUAGGGUUGCUAUUUGGGCUGUCUGAAAGUGAUGCCAAGGCUGCAGUGUCCACCAACUGUACAGUAGCGCUUCUCCAUGUAGAAACUAGAAAAACUACUUUUGGAAUUAUUUCCACAGUGAAGAAAUCUCAGCAGCUGUCAGAAGGGGAUGACGAUUCUCUUCCAGCUUGCAAGAAAGCCAAGUGUGAAGGCUGA